AUGAAUCGAACUUUAAAAGCAUCGCUAGUGUGGGAACAAAAAAAAAAAUAUACUUUAGAACAACUAGCCAGACUCCCGUUAACCACAAGAAGAGGGUUAGGACUUGGUUCGGAAGUGAAGCUACCAGUUCACAACCAUCCUUUGAUACCUUUUACUCGCUUCCAUCAUGGCCUUUGUACAGGGUGUUGGUCUGAUUCUAAUGGUUACAUUUAUGGAGGCUACAUUUGCAAUGAGUUAGGUUGUGAUUCUGUGUUCCACAAAGAGUGUGCCGAGUCCGCAGCGGAGAUAAACCACCAUUCCCACCCCAAUCAUCCUCUCAAACUUUUCUUGGCUUACAAACCAUUUGAUUGCUCUUUGUGUGGAGAUUCACCGAGAGUUGGUUAUUCUUGUUCAAGUUGUGACUUCAAGUUAGAUUUGAGCUGUGCAAGGCAACCACCCCCACCCCAACCGGAAGCUCCUGAAGAUUUGAUGGUGCACGAACAUCCACUUAUAUUGUCCAAUCGAAGAGAGGUUGAGUUAACUUUGCUUAAGAGCAAUUGUAAGGUAUGCGAGGCGUCAUUUUUCAACAGUAGGCAAAUCUAUCAUUGUCAUCAAUGCGAUUUUCUAUUUCAUAAGGAACGUGUCAAGCUUUUUCCGGAAGCAUACCACACUUGUCAUCCCAAACAUCCGCUCAAGUUCCUCACAUGUGGAACACCUGGUUACGCCGAACAGAAAUGCCUUCUUUGCGGGAAAGAGUUUGAAGAACAACUUCACCACUGUGACGUUUGUAACUUCAGUAUUUGCAAGAGGUGUGCGAGAAACCCACCACCACUUGGUGUUGUAAGCCGGAAAACCCAUGAGCAUACACUUCACCUUGUUCCAAGAGUUGUCGAUUUUACUUGCAAUGCUUGUGGAACGCAAGGGGACCGAAGCCCUUAUUUUUGUCUUCAGUGCAAUUUCAUGAUUCAUAGAGAUUGUAUUGAUUUACCACGGGUCAUCAACAUCAACCAUCAUGAUCAUCGAAUCUCUUACACUAGUUAUCUUGGACAUGGGAGCUGGACAUGUGGGGUUUGUCGUAAAAAGGUUGAUGGGUUCUAUGGCGCUUAUUUUUGCUCAAAAUGUCCUAGUUAUGCUGUCCAUUCAAGAUGUGCAACGAGGUACGACGUAUGGGACAAGAUAGAACUGGAAGGGACACCCGAAGAUAUAGAAGAUAUUGCGCCUUUUAUAGUGAUUGAUGAUUACACGAUAAAGCAUUUUAGCCAUGGUCAUAACUUGAAACUCAAUAAAGAUGGUAGCAUUCUCCAAGAAGACAGACUAUGUGAAGCAUGCGUCUUUCAAAUCUACAAUAAUCCAUAUUAUAGCUGCGAGCAAUGUGAUUUCGUUUUACACGAAACAUGCGCUAACAUGUCUCGAAAGAAACGGCAUGUCUCGAACAACAUACCAUUCACACUAGAGACGGACAGUAGCAGAGACUCACCUCGCCAACAAAAUCAAUGUACUAUAUGCAACAAGUAUUUCACUGGUUUCAGGUUAUGAAGCAUAGGUACGACGAUCAUCCACUCAUCCUAUCAUACGGUGAAGACAAUGUAGAUGCAUCAUAUUGGUGCAAUGUAUGUGAA